AUGGAGCUGUCGGCCGCUUUCGAGGAACGCGUCCGGCAGAUGGAGGACGCUCGGAACCACCGUCUCUCCCUUCUGCAAGCCGAGAAGGAGAUCCAGGCCGCCAAGUACCGCCUCCUCGAAGCCAAGAUCGCCGCCGCCCGCCGCCUCGAGCGCCGCCGCCUCCUCCUCGAGCGCCGUGCCGCCGAAUUCGCCUCACGCGCCCUUGCCGCCCGUGCCGACAUCGACGCCACUCACGCGCGCCGCCUCCUCCUCGCCCGUGACCUGAGGUGCGAGAUCGAGGAGGCGGAGCGGAAGGAGGGGGACUGGGACCGCUUCUACGAGUCCAAAAGGAAGGAGAUGGAGGACUUCCAGGCCAUGUCUCAGCAGUUCGAGGCAGAAGCUCGUAAGGAAGUGCAGAGGCUCAAGGAUUUGGUAUCUCAACUGCAAUCAGCUCUGCAAGAGCUGCAGAGCAAUGGGAUGUACUCCAACGACGCUGAGAUCACGGCAGCAGAAGCCAGGAAGUCCGAUCUCACGGCGAAGAAGGCUAAACUGGAGGAGAGCCUGGUUUCAGCCCGCCAGUUCAGAGCACUGCUCCAGCAGCAGCUGCAGAAAGCUUUCGCGUCACAGGUUGGAGAUCAGAAGGCAGCACAAAACUGACCAUCUGAUGCUCAGGUGCACCAGAAUGCUGCUACAUGCAAAUCGAGGAAACCAUAGUUCUCUAGCCCGAUUGCUCCAUUCCAUUUCAUGCAUUGCCUGUACAGCUGAAAGUACAAUUUUCAUAUUUCCAGUCUUAUGUCCACAAACACUGAAGUUUUCCCGGAUUCCAUCUUUUCCACAAAGUUAGUCCGGGACCAAUUACCAUAGACACAUGCCGUGAUCCAGACUUGCAAAUUUUGCCAGUUGCAAAUAUGAAAGUGUUUCUACUUUUCUA